AUGGUGUGUUGCUUAGGACUCACUAUUGGUAUAUCUCGUUACAUCAGCCGUCUUCUUCAACCUAUCUAUGAUCAAGCGACUCGUUCAACAACAUUUUUCAAAGCUAGUAAUGCUGUACAUGCGCUAGAAAACUAUGCCAAAGAAGUUCGUUUACAAUCAAAUACAUUAUUUGCUGCUAUACACGUCAAUGAUUUAUGUACACUUAUACCUCAUGAGCAAUUGACGGAACCAUUACAGCAUUUUCUCUAUGAUUAUGUACCAGAUGGGCAAGUGCAAGGAUUAACUGUUGAUACUAUUAUUGAGUUAGUUCGUUUUGUUUUACAAAAUCAAUACUUUAUUUUCGAUAACAAAAUUUGUCGACAAAUUAAAGGUUGUGGUUCUGGUCAACCGCUCAAUCAUCUAUUAGCAAAUAUUUAUAUGUUCUAUUGGCAACAAGAUUUAGUUGAAACAUUAGUUAAUUAA